AUGGACAAUGAUGUCAACAUUCAUUAUCUUAUUCGCGAACAAAAGAAUCUUCUUCAACGUACGCGAUUUUUUCGAGUGCACUAUAGGAGGACAAAGAAUUGUAUUUUCGAAUCGCAGUUAGCAGCAAUGACUAUUGGAAAAAGUAUUCAAGCAUUUGAUCAUAUUACUUUAUGGGUUGGUAAUGCUUUACAAGCUUCAUCAUGGUUUUGUUUACGUUUUGGAUUUGAGCCUUACGCAUAUCGUGGUCUUGAAACAGGUUCGCGCGAAGUUGUCUCGCAUGUUGUCAAACAAAAUCAAGUGAUUUUCGUUUUUCAAUCACCAUUAUUACCUGAUAAUCAAGAAUAUGGUGAACAUCUUGUUCGACAUGGUGACGGAGUCAAGGAUGUCGCAUUUUCGGUGAAUAACAUUGAACAUAUUGUCGAACAAGCCAAAUCAAAAGGUGGCAAAAUUGUUAAGGAUAUCUGGACAGAAACCGAUGAACACGGAUCAGUGAAAAUGGCUUGCGUUCAAACAUAUGGUGAUACAACACACACAUUGAUUGAACGUGGAGAUUAUGCUGGCUUAUUCUUACCAAACUAUCAUCCGCAUCCAUUGAAAAACAAAGAUGCGUUAUUGGAAAAAUUACCGGAAGUCAAAUUGGACUUUAUUGACCAUAUUGUUGGUAACAUGCCGGAUAAUGAAAUGGAAAAUACGACAAAAUGGUAUGAAAAUACUCUUCAAUUUCAUCGUUUCUGGUCCGUUGAUGACAGUGUCAUUCAUACACAAUAUUCAUCGCUUCGUUCCAUUGUCGUAUCCAAUGAACAAGAAACGAUUAAGAUGCCAAUCAAUGAACCAGCUUCUGGCUCGAAAAAAUCACAAAUUCAGGAAUAUGUCGACUACUAUGGUUCAUCAGGUGUUCAACAUAUUGCAUUGAAUACAUCAGAUAUUCUAACAAGUGUUACUAGACUUCGAGAACGCGGUACACAAUUUCUCGAAGUUCCUUCCGCCUACUACACGGAUCUAAGAGAACGACUCAAACAUUCCAAAGUGCAAAUUGUCGAAGAUCUAUCCAUUAUUGAAAAAUUACAUAUCUUGAUUGAUUACGAUGAUAAUGGUUAUCUGUUACAAAUCUUUACCAAACCCGUUCAGGAUCGUCCAACGUUAUUUUUCGAAAUCAUCCAACGUCGAAAUCAUAGUGGCUUCGGUAUUGGUAACUUCAAGGCACUCUUCGAAGCUAUCGAACGUGACCAAGCAGCACGUGGAAAUCUUUAA